AUGCAUGUCUUUGCCGCGGCUCUCCUCGCCCUCUCCUCCGUCAGCGUGACUUAUGCCGCGCCCUUCGCCAACCCUCAAGAGGACAUGGUUCGCCGCAAGGUCGAUUACCAGGUGGUCAAUGUCGACGGAGACCCUACUAGUUCUGCUGCUCCCGAAAUUGAGACUAUGACCGAGACCGUCAAGUCUGUUACAACUGCUCCGGGUGCUGCUCCUCUGCCUAUCACUAUCACUGUCACUGCCACUCCAUCCAGCACACCAAUUCACAGCUCGACUCUGCACUCCCACAGCCCUCCUCCCCCUGGCGCGUCUUUUUUCCCUCCUCCAGACUCGGACUCGGGUUUCUUUCGCCGUGGCCUGAUGGCCGCUGGUAAUCCUCUCCAGUUUGCUCGCAGCUACAGUCCCUCUACUUCCAGUGUCUUCGCAACUCCUCUCGCUGCUCGGGCCUGGUACUCUUCUCCCGCUGUCACUCCCUCCUCGAGUGCCAGCGUGACUCCUUCUCUGCUCGCCCGCCAGUUUGGUGGCUGGAGCUCUAGCGCUUCACUGCCUGUCACUCCUAGCUCGACUGCGUCUGCUUCUGUCACUCCUCUUGUCGCACGGAACUUCUAUGCUUCGUCUAGCACUCCUUCGUCGCCAAGUUCUCUUGCUGCUUGGGAUUUCCACAGCCAGUACUACCCCAGCGCCUCGAGUUCGGCCACUCCCAGCUCCAGCUUCACUCUUGCUCCUUCUGCCAACGCUCUGCUUUACUGA